AUUAGAUGGGGCCAUAUCUAAGUUAACCAAAUAAAAAUAAAUUGACUACUACUGGAGAAGGAAUUUCUGUGAUAUUUGCAGCUUCUGAAAUGCAAGGUAAUAAAGAGAAUUAAAAUAAAAGGUUGGAGAAACACAAUGGAAGAUGCCCAUAUUAAUAGACCUGAUUUAGUACAAGAUGUAUCUGUUUUUGGAGUGUUUGAUGGACAUGGAGGAAAAGAAGUAGCAACAUUUGUAGAAAAACACUUUAUUGAUGAAUUGUUAAAAAACUAAAAUUUUAAGAAUUAGAAAUUUGAGGAAGCUUUAAAAGAAACCUUCUUAAAGAUGGAUGAAUUAUUAAUGACACCUAAUGGAUAAAUAGAAUUGAAUAAAUAUAAAGCUAAUGAUUCUGAUGGUAAAUAUAUUAUCUCAAUAAUACUAGAUUCUUAUGCUGGAUGUACUGCUAAUGUUGCUUUGAUUCAUAAAAACACUCUCUAUGUUGCUAAUGCUGGAGAUUCAAGGUCAGUCUUGUGCAGAAAUAAUACAAACUAUGAUAUGAGUUAUGAUCAUAAACCAGAUCAUCAAGAUGAAAAAUCAAGAAUUGAAAGAGCAGGUGGUUUUGUUAGAGAUGGAAGAGUUAAUGGUAAUUUAUAUUAUUUUGAUCAUCUUUAGGAAAUUUAAAUUUAUCAAGAGCUCUGGGGGAUUUGGAAUAUAAAUGCGAUAGUAAAUUCAAACCCCAUGAACAAUUAAUCAUAGCAACUCCAGAUAUUAAAUAAACGAUAUUAUGUCCUUAAGACUAGUAAAGAUUUAAUAGAUAUUGAAGAUUUAUUUUGAUGGGAUGUGAUGGUAUUUUUGAGACUCUUACUCAUGAUGAAUUGUUGAAUCAUAUAAAUUAAAAAUUAGGUUCUGCUCUAGUUACUCAAGAAUUAUUAAAGGAAGUUGCUGAAGAUUUGUUAAAUAAAUUGUUAGCCCCAGACACAAGCCAAGGAACAGGAUGUGAUAAUAUGUCAGUCAUUAUAGUGUAUUUGAAAAAAUGA